UACGUCAAAUAAAUAGUUGAAAAUAAAAAAAGUGUGACCCAAACACAAUCAACGUUAUUAAUUGAAUAUAAAGCCCAAAACAAUCUAGAUAAGAGCCAUUUUUUUCCAUAUUAAAAAAAUACACUUUUUAAUGCCAAAUCCCGUAUUCUUUUUGUGUGUCAAAACUAUUUGGUGACAAUAAUGUCCUCUUAUCAGGACGACGAGGGAGACGUAACGUUCGAUGGGCAGCCCGGAUCAUUUCCAAAAGAUUUUGGUUAUGGGGCUUUCGAUGGCGACCAAGACCCCAACUCUGCUGACCAUAAACCUAGAAUAUUACUUAUGGGCUUACGCAGAUCUGGAAAAUCGUCAAUCCAAAAGGUAGUUUUCCACAAAAUGUCUCCGAACGAAACCCUCUUUCUAGAAAGCACCAACAAAAUCGUCAAAGACGACAUAAACAACUCCAGCUUUGUGCAAUUUCAAAUCUGGGAUUUCCCUGGUCAGAUAGACUUUUUCGAUACUUGCUUCGAUUUUGACAAUAUCUUUGGGGGAUGUGGUGCCCUUGUAUUCGUUAUUGAUGCUCAGGACGAUUACUUAGAGGCACUAAACAAACUAAACCUGUUUGUCACAAAAGCUUACAAAAUAAACUCAAACAUAAAGUUUGAGGUAUUUAUUCAUAAAGUUGAUGGACUGGCUGAUGACUCCAAAAUGGAAUGCCAAAGGGAUAUUCAUCAGAGGGCUAUGGACGAUUUGAGUGAUUCUGGUUAUGAUCAAAGGAUCCAUCUUAGUUUCCAUUUAACCUCAAUAUAUGAUCACUCAAUAUUCGAAGCUUUUUCAAAAGUGGUACAAAAAUUGAUCAUGCAAUUGCCUGCCCUGGAAAAUCUUUUAAAUAUUUUAAAUACAAAUUCUGCAAUAGAAAAAUCAUUUUUGUUUGAUGUGGUAUCGAAAAUUUACAUCGCAACCGAUUCGACACCGGUGGACAUGCAAAGCUAUGAACUAUGCUGUGAUAUGAUCGAUGUUGUUAUUGAUCUUUCGACUAUUUAUGGAAUAAAGGAGGAGCAAGAACCGGCAGCUUUUGACGAGCAAAGUUCCAGCUUAAUAAAGUUAAAUAACGGUACCGUACUCUACCUUAGGGAAGUUAAUAAGUUUCUAGCACUAGUCUGUAUAUUAAGGGAAGACAAUUUUGAUCAUAAAGGUAUAAUAGACUAUAAUUUUAUUUGUUUCCGAAACGCGAUUCAGCAAGUGUUUGAGUUGAGGAACAAAAGCCAAUCUCCAAUAACAAAUUCCACAGGCAGCCCAGUAACGAAUGGAGGAAACAUGAUUGAAGAUGGUGGCUAUUUAAGUCCCACCGAAGAGCAGCCUUUGGGUUAACUCUCUUUUUUUAUAGUUUCUGAUUUCACCGAAUCACAAAUUCCCUUUCUCUAAAUACUCGCGCCCGAGUGCCAUUUUUGUAAAUAAUACUACGUCUUAUAAUUAUCUUUUUUUGGUAAUUAACUGUAUAUUUGUGAAAAAAUAGUUUAUAGUAGUGAUUUAUUAUAUUAUACGUCAAAGUCCUCUUUAUUUUUGUUAAGUACAAACUUUAUAGUUUAUAAUAUCUACUUUUAAGUUUUAAUAGUGUUUUUAAUUGCAAUGAAAUCCAUUUUUCGUGUUAUAUAAAUUAUACAAAUAUAUUUUCAAUCAUA